AUGUUUGCGCAUUGCAACAGCCCGAUAUGGCAAGUUGAUGACUUGUCGGCGUGCUUCCAGGCAGCCUAUCUUCAGACUCUCUUUCCUUUGCUGGCAUGUGCGAUAUCUUUCCUGCUUCUACUUUACCAGUUCCUUCGGCAAAGGACGAAACGACUCCACAACCAACCUCGAGAUCUUCUUGUUGAUGUUAGCGAGGACGAGCAUGAGUCCGAUGAGGAAGACGAAGAUAGCCUCGCCCGGCUAACACUGCAAAAAACACACAGUCAUGGCAAUCACUCAACGAGGGAUGUGAACAAACCAACAGGCGAGGUUUUCAUGGUCACGUUGGAAUUUCUAUUGCUGUCGGCACAACUUGCCGUGAAUGUUGUUGCCCUUUUGAACAUAACAGACCGAAAACAAAGGACUUGGACUAUGGAGACCGCUGUGUGGUCAUACCUCCUGGUCAUUGCUGGAGCACGUCUGGUCUCGUCGACAACAAGAUGGCAAUCUCCUCUCAAAGGCCUCUGGAAUCACAGUGCAACACUGUACAUUGUCCAAUGGCUUUGCCAAGUUUGGGUCUUCCGAUCUGUUCUUGUUCACCGUCCCGGACGCCUUUCUCAGAUCCUGACAAUAGUAUCGUUCGCGAUCACGUGCACGCUUGUCUUAAUCGCUCUGACUGCGCGAAAGGGGAACAAAGGUGUUUUGUUGGAAUAUGAAGGUGAAAUUGAACCAUCUCGAGAACCCUUGGCCAGCGUCCUCUCCCUGGCAACGUUUACCUGGGUCGACCCGAUCGUGUGGAAGGGAUUCAAGAAGACAUUGGAGCUCGCUGAUGUCUGGAAUCUGGCUUUUGAAGACAAGGCAGAGACUGUGCUUGCUCACUUCCGGCAGAUUCGAAAGACUCACUCGCUAGCUGUCCGGCUACUCCUGCAUUUUAAGAGUCAGAUUUUGAUUCAAGGUGCAUGGUGUAUGAUGGCGAGCAUCUUCAUGUUUCUUCCAACUCUACUCUUGAAGGCCGUUCUGGAGUAUCUGGAGAACACAGAAACUGUUCCAGUCAGUGCGGCAUGGCUGUAUGUCAUACUUCUUUUUGCCACAGGAGCAGUACAAGCCGUCGGUGACGGGCAAGGCCUGUGGAUUGGUCGAAAAAUCUGCAUUCAGUUGCGUGCUAUCAUCAUCGGCGAAAUAUACUCUAAGACAUUGAGAAGAAAGGCAGCGGCUACCACUGAUACGAAUCUUGGAGAUGAAGCUACUUCAAAGAAGACAGCCUUUUGGUCUAAGAUCUGGUCCUUAUGCAGGGGAAAAGGUCGGAAAGACGACAAUAAUGCCUCUAAAACCGAUUCUAAGAAAAUCACCAGGUCGCAAGCCAACAAUGGCACUAUCAUCAACUUGAUGUCCAUUGAUUCCUUCAAAGUGGCUGAAGUCUGUGCCUACUUGCAUUUUCUCUGGGCUGCAGUACCCGUGCAACUGAUUAUGGCUGUGAGUCUGCUAUACAACGUUCUUGGCUUCAGCUCUUUCGUCGGAAUUUUCGUGAUGGUACUUAUUUUACCCCUCAACCUCUACAUCGCACAUUCCUUCCAAGCGGCGCAGAAACGGAUCAUGGCAGCCACUGACAGCAGAAUUCAUGUCACGAACGAAGUUCUCCAAAACAUCCGAAUUAUCAAAUACUUCGCUUGGGAGCAGCGUUUCCAGAACAACGUCAACGAGAAAAGACAAGUCGAGCUAUCUGCCCUGUGGAAGAAAUACGUUUUAUGGGCAUCUGCAGCUACCAUCUGGAGUGGUGUCCCGAUUGUAAUCACGUUCGUUUCUUUUCUCAUGUAUACUCGAGUGGAGAAGCGCCCUCUGGUACCGUCAGUUGCAUUCCCGGCCUUAUCGAUGUUCUCUCUACUGCGAAUUCCGUUGGAUCAGCUUGCCGAUAUGGUCGCUCACGUUCAAGAGUCGAAGGUAUCGGUCGAUCGAGUCGAGCAGUUUCUGCAGGAAGCAGAAACCGAGAAAUAUUUGCAAUUGCGCCAGAGCAGACGGAGAAGUUUACCGACUGCCCGCAUUGCAUUGGAAAACGCUACGUUGACUUGGGGAACAACUAAUGCUGACGCGACAGAAGCAUUCAGACUUAUUGACAUGAACGUUGAAUUCUCUAUUGGUCAAUUGAAUGUCAUCGCAGGACCCACGGGAGCCGGCAAGACCUCCCUCUUGAUGGCUCUACUCGGCGAGAUGCAACUACUCAGUGGUACAGUUUACAUCCCAGGUGGAUCUGUACGACAAGAUCUACGCCCUGACCCCAUCACGAGCCUGACCGAAAGUGUGGCAUAUUGCGCACAGCAGGCAUGGCUGGUCAAUGCGACAAUCAAAGAGAACAUUCUCUUUGCCAGUCCUUACGAUGAAGAUCGCUACCAUGAGGUUAUUUCAAUUUGUGCUCUAGAGCGGGAUCUAGAGAUACUCGAUGCCGGUGACCAGACCUUAGUCGGUGAAAAGGGGAUCACUUUGUCCGGAGGCCAAAAGCAGAGAAUAUCGCUUGCACGAGCGAUCUAUUCGACUUCGAAGCACAUCCUUCUCGACGACUGUCUUAGUGCUGUCGAUGCUCACACCGCCAAGCACAUCUUCGAAGAGGCAUUAACUGGAGAAUUGAUGGCCCACCGGACUUGCAUUCUGGUCUCGCACAAUGUUGCACUCACGGUCCCACUCGCAAGCUGGGUGGUCGUCCUGGACAAUGGUAAGAUCAUGGCCCAAGGGACGCCGCAAGACAUUAUCGAAAGUGGCACGCUCGGAGAUGAGCUGUUCAAAUCACGCCCUGUUUCAAGAGCCAACUCGACUCCGCCGUCUCGCACACCGUCCAAUCUGGAAGAAGAGAGAUCACAUUUAUCUGGAAGAAAUACAAACGGCACGGCGACCCCUAGUGGAAAAGCUACCAAUAGAGGAAAAUCGAAGACUAAUAGGCCUGAGAAGCCAUUUAUCGAUCAUCGACUUGAAGCAAAGGCCACGGGAAGUGUGAAAUGGUCUACAAUACAUAUGUACCUUAAGGCUAUGGGCCCUUGGUAUUACUGGAUUUUCGCGGCAUGGGGAUUCAUAGCCACACAACUGGGUUCGGUAGCGACAAACCUGUGGAUCAGACAGUGGGCCAAUGCCUAUCAUAUCCGCGGUGUCCAUCCGACACACGCAGUGGUGAAUGCUUUUCAGGACCUAAACCCGGCAGGAGGAACGUCAAGUUUUGGAGGGUUGCGCGUUCAAAUGCCACAAACAGCGCCAACAAGCAGCAUAUUCUGGGUCGUCAAGUCGUUAUACGACGUCGACGAUGGCUACUACCUUGGGAUAUAUGCUCUGAUUGGGGGGCUGUAUGUGCUUAUUUGCUUUUCCCGGGAAAUCAUACUGUUCUGGGGUUCUCGUCGCGCUUCUUGGGGUCUGCAUGAAAAACUGUUGACGAGCAUUCUUCGCGCCAAGUUUCGUUUUUUCGAUUCGACGCCGCUAGGCCAACUGACAAAUCGAUUCUCUAAAGACAUUCAGGCGCUGGAUCAGGAAGUUGCUCCUGUGGCUAUUGGCAUGCUGCACAGUGCCGCCGCCGUGCUUACGAUUGUGGUCCUGAUCUCCGUUAUCACUCCUGGCUUCUUAAUUCCUGGGUUCUUCAUCACCAUCAUGUACGUAUUGACCGGUCUACUCUACAUCCGCUCUUCACGCGACUUGAAACGAAUCGAAGCAGUCCAGCGAAGCCCUCUAUUCCAGCAUUUCGGGGAGACGUUGAGUGGAGUGGUCACUAUUCGAGCCUAUGGCGAUGAGUCGAGAUUCAUCGAGGACAGCCAGUUGAAGGUCAACACGCACAACCGCCCAUUCAUCUACUUGUGGGCCACUAACAGAUGGCUCGCCUUUCGUAUCGACAUUGCGGGAGCACUGGUCUCUUUCUUCUCCGCCAUGUUUGUGGUCCUUAACGCUGGCCGAAUUGAUCCCGGAGCUGCAGGGUUGGCUCUAUCUUACGCCAUCACUUUCACCCAAAAUGUCCUGUGGCUUGUGCGACUCUAUGCCGCCAACGAACAGAACAUGAACGCCGUCGAACGAAUACAAGAGUAUAUCAACAUCGAGCAAGAAGCGCCAGCGAACAUCCCGGAGACCAAACCUGCCGCAAAUUGGCCCAGUCACGGAGUGGUCGAGUUUAUCGAGUACAGCACGAGAUACCGCCCAGAUCUGGAGCCGGUGCUAAGAAAGGUGACAUUCAAAAUUGAAGCAGGACAGAAAGUUGGGAUUGUUGGAAGGACUGGGGCCGGCAAGAGUUCACUUGCCUUGGCUUUGUUCAGAGGCCUCGAGGCCGAAGAAGGCAAGAUCUUGAUUGAUGAUGUCGACAUCGGACUCAUCGGUCUUCAAGAUUUGCGCGAAGCCAUCACGAUCGUCCCCCAGGAUCCCACACUCUUUUCCGGCACGCUAAGGAGUAAUCUGGAUCCAUUUGAACUCUUCACCGACGAAGAGAUCUUUACAGCGCUUCGGCGAGUCCAACUCAUUUCAGCAGCACAUAGUGAUUCAGAGCGGUCAGGCUCCACGACACCGCUCGAGGGAUCUAGCGGGUCUCCAACAGUCGAGGAAGGCUCAAGUCCACCUGGAAGCCAUGCCUCGUUCUCUGCGAAGGGGACGGUCAAAUCUGACUCCACCUUGGUCCAAAUUGCCAGCAACGGCAAGGAAAACAAGAAUAUCUUCAGGGACUUGUCAUCGCCAGUGGCUGAAUCUGGCUCGAACCUAUCUCAAGGUCAACGACAGCUUUUGUGUCUAGCUAGAGCCUUACUGAAGUCGCCUAAAGUGCUGGUGAUGGAUGAAGCGACGGCAUCGAUCGAUUAUGCAACCGAUUCCAAGAUCCAAGACACUCUGCGAGAGCUCCAUAACAACACCAUUUUGACCAUUGCCCAUCGAUUGCAGACAAUUAUUGACUACGACCGAGUGCUGGUGCUUGAUAGAGGCGAGGUAGUGGAGUAUGCUGAUCCAUGGGAGCUGAUACAAAAAGAAGAUGGUCAGUUCAGAGCCAUGUGUCAGACAAGCGGUGACUUCGAGACAUUGCAUGAAUUAGCAAAGAAAGCGUGGCAGGAGAGGCGAUUGAUCGAUGAUUCCUGA